GGACUGCACUCUCACGUCUCCCCCGCCACUCUCCACAAGCUCCAGAGCUUCAGCUCCAGCGCACCGAGCAGCAGCCCCAGCGCACACCGGCAGACGCGCCUCCUCCCCGGGGAACGCAACAAGCAACGCGCCGCCGUCACACGCAUCUCUCCCGGAUUCUGCGACGCCGACGAGCACACUUCUGAAUUUUUACUGCGAAUCUUCCCAAAACAGACAGAAAAAUGGACGAAAAGGUGUGUAAAGAACUAGACCAGUGGAUCGAACAGCUCAACGAAUGCAAGCAGCUGACAGAGGGACAAGUCAAGACACUAUGUGAAAAGGCUAAAGAGAUCCUGACCAAAGAGUCCAACGUCCAGGAUGUGACGUGUCCGGUGACGGUGUGUGGAGACGUGCACGGACAGUUUCACGACCUCAUGGAGCUGUUUAAAAUCGGGGGGAAGUCUCCAGACACAAACUACCUGUUCAUGGGCGACUACGUGGACCGCGGAUACUACUCCGUGGAGACGGUCACUCUGCUCGUAGCACUAAAGGUCCGGUAUCGCGAGCGCAUCACCAUCCUCAGAGGGAACCAUGAGUCUCGACAGAUCACACAGGUCUACGGCUUCUACGACGAGUGUCUGAGAAAAUACGGGAACGCAAACGUGUGGAAGUACUUCACCGACCUGUUCGACUACCUGCCCCUCACAGCACUCGUGGACUCUCAGAUUUUCUGUCUUCAUGGAGGCCUGUCCCCGUCCAUAGACACUUUAGACCACAUCAGAGCUCUGGACCGCCUACAGGAAGUCCCACACGAAGGUCCCAUGUGCGACUUGCUGUGGUCAGACCCGGACGAUCGAGGGGGUUGGGGUAUCUCUCCUCGGGGGGCAGGCUACACGUUUGGACAGGACAUUUCGGAGACGUUCAACCACGCCAACAGACUCACGCUGGUGUCCCGCGCUCAUCAGCUCGUCAUGGAGGGUUACAACUGGUGCCAUGAGAGAAACGUUGUGACGAUAUUUAGUGCUCCUAAUUACUGCUAUCGCUGCGGAAACCAGGCGGCAAUUAUGGAGUUGGACGAUACUUUAAAAUACUCUUUCUUACAGUUUGACCCAGCACCGCGCAGAGGAGAGCCACACGUCACACGCCGAACCCCCGACUACUUCCUGUAACGAAUUCAUGUGACCCCCUCCCUGUGCAGUGCAAUCCGCCAUAAUGCAAAACCCCCACUGAACUCGGCUUUAAAGGGCCCAUAUUACUGAUCUGUAUUCUAAUGUCGUUUCCUCAUCACAAACAGACCUGGAGUUGUGUUUUGCUUCAUUUACACAUGUUUAACAAACCCUGCAUGUAGGCUGAGUUCUUCUCUCAAACAGAAAACUCUCCACCUUGUGAUGUCAUGGGGUAAUAUGGGAAGUGCUCCACUGUGUUUUUAAACUCCAUAUAUCUUCACUAGAAUCAUUUAGAUCAUUUUGUCCCUGGAAUUGCCAGUCUCUACUGAACUAAAAGUAAAAGGAGCUCUUGAAAACUACCACUUCAUGACAUCACAAUGUGGAACAGAGCAUUUUGAGCUUUGGAGCUGCUGACAGGCUACUAAUAAAUUGUUACCCAAACGUGUGAAUGAAACAAAACACAAGUUCAAGUAUGUUUUAACAAUAUUCUAACAUGGCUUAAAGCUCACAAGAGUCAAUUUUGUGUAAUAUAGGACCUUUAAAGAACAAACAAAUGAAAAAGGGGGACAGCAGGGCACACGGGCCACGUUCAGUUUCUCUUCACUUACCUCCUCCAAGCCUUAAAAAGAUGUUGGUGCCAGUAAAAUUGCAAUGAAGGACAGCUAAGAAUCCUACGGUACAAUUUGUCUUUUAACUUGAGCUGGUUUAUGGUUCAUAUCUCUUUAAUUACUGGCCGUUUACAUAAGAUUAUUUAUUUUAAUCUGGAUAGUUAUAUUUACAAUGGGUUAUGGUUUCGGGUUUGGAGGAGGAAAAAAACUGAAACAGAAAUUGGAUGUGCCCCAAAUUCACACAAAGAUUUACAUUGUCCUCCAUUGAUACAGACUCCUCUAUAAGUUCACUUUGUGUUUUGGUACAGCAGUCAUUUAUGAGCUAAACUAGGUAUUAGACCAGGUACUAAACUGGGACUAAACUGGGUACUAAACCAGGACUAGAUUAGGGACUAAGACACUAGACCAGGGACUACUUUCUGUUAUGGUAUAGUAGAGGCAAAGGAGAAAAAUUCGUUUGAUCAGCCAUGAAUUCUACGUGGCUGACUGAGGGAUUCUUCACACAUGGUAUAGCAGACUUAGUUCAUGAAUCACUACUACUAGACCAAGUACUAGAUCAGGUACUAGACAAGCUACCAGACCAACACCAAAUCAGGGACUACUUUAUUUUAUAGUAUGGAACUAUAUAUUCAAGAACUAAACUAGAAAUAGAUGGAGUACUUAGACCAGGGACUAUUUUGUGUUCUAUUAUAGCUGUGAUACAAGAACUAGACUAAAACUAAACUAGGACUAAACUAAAUGCCAGAUUGGGUAAUAGGCCAUGGAUUUAAAGGAGGGACUGAACCAAGUCUUGACUGGGGACUAGACCAGAGACAAAGAUAUAAAAUAAAAAUGGUACUAAUAUUUGUGACCCUCAUUCAUUUAAACUUAUAAUUGGAAAAAAAAGUCUUUAGUAUUAUUUUUCCCACUAAGAAGCACUUUAAUCAAAUCUUUGCUUGUCUUGAAAUGGCAGCAGUGUGAAUGGAGGGCUUUGUAUUUGAAAAUCUCGUGUGUGUCUCUUGGAGCAGACCGUGCCAUAAUCAGUCCAAAAUUCUUGAGAAAAAGUCUUGAGAAAAUGUCUUCUUCAAAAGUUGAGAUGAAUAAAAUACGACCUUAUAUGACUAAAAUGGCCCCUGAUUGGCCAUGGCCUCUUUAUCUUGAGUUAAACUGUUUGCACUUUUGUAAAUGAGAAAAAAAAAAGAAAUGUAAAAUAUGUCAAAAAUAGAAAGCAGAAUAUGACACUAUGGAUGUUUUUCUUCUUAAUUUGUAUUUUUAAAAGAUAAAUCGAAGCCCCGUAUCGCUGGUUUUACACAUUGUUCCUACGUUCUGUACCUUUUGUUAGACAGCUCCACUCAGCAUGGUGUGUUUUAUUGAAGAAAUCAUUCAGAACUCACUCUGAACUUCUGUAUUUAAUCACAUCAUUUCAAUAAUAAACUCAAAGGUGGCUCAUCUGUG